UUCUAUACUUAUUUCAGAUUCUCCGAGAAACCCCCGAGGGGAACUAUAAACAUGGCUGACACUGCGAAGGUUGUCGACCUUAUCAACAAUGCUCGACAGAUGGUCACAGAUGCUGUCGACAGGGUUAAAAUGCCGACUCCGAUGCGCCUGCGCGACCUUAUUCGUCAAAUCAGGGCUGCCCGAACUGCCGCAGAAGAGAGGGCUGUCAUAAAUAAGGAGUGUGCGUAUAUACGCCACGCUAUAAGAGAAGAGGACACAAUGUGGAGAUGUCGAAAUAUUGCUAAACUUCUCUACAUUCACAUGCUGGGAUACCCUGCUCACUUCGGUCAGAUGGAGUGUCUCAAGCUCUGCGCCAGUCAUAAGUUCACGGACAAGAGGAUAGGCUACCUGGGCGCUAUGCUGCUCUUGGACGAGAAGCAUGACGUAAAUAUUCUUCUCAUUCACUGCAUCAAGACAGAUUUGAACAGUAGCACACAAUUUGUUCAGGGUUUAGCUUUGUGUACUCUUGGUUCAAUAGCCUCCGGAGAUAUGGCUCGAGAUCUUGCUCCAGAAGUUGAGAAGUUGAUCAAAUCUUCAAAUGCAUACAUAAGGAAAAAGGCAGCUCUGUGUGCAUACAGAAUAAUCAAGAAGGUUCCAGAACUUAUGGAAAUGUUUAUUCCCGUCACAAGGUCACUUCUCUCUGAGAAGAAUCACGGAGUCCUGAUCACAGGGAUAGUUCUGAUCACGGAGCUAACUGAGAGAUCUCCGGAUACCCUAGAUCAUUUUAAACGUGUUGUCCCAAACCUUGUCAGAAUACUGAAGAACUUGAUAAUGUCUGGGUAUUCUCCUGAACAUGAUGUUUCCGGGAUAUCAGAUCCGUUUCUGCAAAUUAAGGUUCUGAAACUUCUGAGGAUACUGGGUAGGAAUGAUCCGAGUACAUCAGAAACUAUGAACGAUAUUUUAGCACAGGUUGCAACAAACACAGAGACGAGUAAAAACGUAGGAAAUGCUAUUCUAUACGAAACCGUUCUUUCAAUCAUGGAUAUUGAUUCAGAAUCAGGACUCAGAGUACUUGCGGUUAAUAUUCUCGGUCGAUUUCUUCUUAACAACGACAAAAACAUACGUUAUGUCGCCCUCAACACCCUUCUCAAGACCGUUGCUGUCGAUCACGCGGCUGUUCAGCGACAUCGAGCAACAAUCCUCGACUGUCUCAAGGACCCGGAUGUUACAAUAAAGAAGCGCGCGAUGGAACUCUGCUUUGCGCUCAUUAACUCCACGAAUAUCGAGCUGAUGAGCAAGGACCUGAUCCAGUUUCUUCACACAGCGGAUCCUGACUUCAAACAGUCCUGCUCUAGUAAUAUGAUGCUAGCGGCGGAUCAGUAUUCUCCGAACCGGCGGUGGCACAUUGAUACAAUCGUGAAGGUGUUGGAGGAGAGCGGGAAUAUGGUUCGUGAUGAUGUCGUCUUCAAUACAAUACAGAUUAUCAGCAGUAGUCCAGAACAGCAGAGGUACACCGUACACCUGGCCUGGAAAGCAUUGAUGGAAAUCAAACAUUGCAGUGAGUUCCAACCCUUGACACAGGUUGGGUGCUGGUGUAUCGGAGAGUACGGAAAUUAUUUGCUGGAGAGGUGUGAUGAGGUUGUAGGUGGAGGUGAGUCUGUAAGUGAAGGACGUGUUGUCUCCUGGUUCCAGGUUCUUCUCUCCUCCUCAUCCAUCUCCGUAGUAACUAAACAAUACGCUCUACUCUCCCUAGCUAAACUAUCCACCAGAUUCAAUUCAGUCAUUCAGGAAAUUCAAUCUACCAUCGAUAGUUUUGGAACCAAUAUAGACAUUGACCUUCAGCAGCGAGGAGUAGAAUUGGGUCAACUUUUCAGGAGUCAGUCAGGAUUAAGAUCAAAACUGCUUGAACCAAUGCCGCCGAUGGAAAAGGAAAAGGACAGAUUGGAAGAUUCACCGACAACUCCAAUGCCAAAGGUGAAUGGAGUAGGUCCCCAACAUAAUGGAGUUCAAGAGAAGAAUCCUCUACUUGAACUUCUCGACCUUGAUCUCUCAGCGCCUGUAGGUGGUCAGACUCUCCUAGGAGGAGGACUAGAUAUUGGUGGAGCUCCCUCUUCAAACUCAUUAGACGAUAUAUUAGGCCUUAAUCUGGUACCUUCAGUAACUGCCAUGCAGAACAGUAACUCCUUAAACCUCCUGGAUAGUUUAGGAGGUCCUGAUCUAACAUCCUUAGGACCAAGCAGUAUGCCCUUAGGUUUAGACGGCCUUCUUAACGGUGUGGAUACAUUGUCCCUCGCUACCCCGUCCUCUCAGGUUCUUCCAAUCACAGCUUAUGAGAAACAUGGUCUCCGGGUCCAGUUCACGUUUCCGGGUUCAGGUUCUCCGGGUGCAUCAUCGAUCUUACUGUAUGCACACAACCUUACUCCGCAACCUAUUCUCAACUUUGUUUUCCAGGCUGCUGUACCGAAAUCCAUGCAGCUGCAGUUGGAUCCUCCAUCAUCAUCUACAAUCCCGUCAGGAGGAUCAGUUACUCAACAGAUGGUUGUUAAUAAUCCUAGCAACGCAGUUCUCAGGAUGAAGCUAAAGAUUGCAUUCAGUGUUGGUGGAAUUCCAAUCUCCGACCUUGGAGAGGUCAACAGUUUUCCUAACUUUGCUUGAUCUGUCAGAGACAAUAGUUUUGACAGGAUUCUUUUCUCCGGGCUGUAAAUGAACCCGGGGCUGAAGGGACAGAACUGCAGCUAGAAAUACACUGGAGAAUUCUCUGUGAUGAAUACAGUCACGUGAUAGGAACCUGUAAAGACGCCUCUGAUCAGUGGAUCUUGGAAAGACACUUAAUUAAUAUUCUUGUUAUCCACGGUUUGAUAACCGUGAUGGAGAAGAGUUAACAAUGCUCUUUUAUUAAAUAUUUAAACAUCAUCUAACUCUGUGAUAGAUAUAACCCUGACACCAGGAACUAUCUGGACUGCAUAUCCGUUAUUCAGGGGAUGACUUGAAUUCUGGUCCAAUCUUCUGUUUGUAAAUCUUAAGGUCAUAAUAUGCGCGACCGUCAUACUUUAAAAUUUGUUCAGGGAAGUGGUUUUCCGCCAUAAAGGGGAAAUAAAACCUCUAAGCAGUCCAAUCCGGGAAUAUCAUAAGUGUAAUCCUAAAAAUUAAAACCCAAAUAUUUCCUGCUGAUUGUGAUUCAAAUUCUAAGUGGCUUGUUGUUAUCAAACUCGCUAUCGUAGAAUUAUUUCAGUUUACUAGAUCCGGGCGGAUCUGGUAAGGGGUAAAUGAAACAACCUUAAUGCCAUUCCUAGCUUUUUCCCUGCUCUUGAGUAAUGUUUUCUUAUAAGCUUGUCCAUCGUUAUGUAAGAAUCAUGGCGGAAAAACGGCAUAAAAACUAACAUUCCAAACUCAAAGCUCUUGCAAUAUUUUCGAGUUCUUUAUUUAAAACUUUUAUGGACCCCUGCCCCCCCCCCCCCCGUAUUAGCUGGAGCUCAUUGUAACUACCCACCAUAAUGUAUUGUACCAGUUUUCUAUUGCAUUUAAAUAUCCCAGUGUCUGAUUCCAGUUUUAUUAUGUUUAUCCAGUGUUUCCAAGCAUUUUUUUCAGCUCUUAAACAUUUAAUUUUGAAAUCUUGACUGCCAGUUUAGGGCAAUGAACAUAUCCUGUUUAGGUCAUCUGUUUUUUAAUAAUCAUUGAUUUUUGGUUUUCAAGAUGCGCCACAGUUUUAAUCCGUUGAGCAAAUUGCAACUUUUUACUCUGUCUGGAGCAAUUGAAAGCCAUAAAUUGUUAUGAUUGAAAGCUUAUGAAAAACAGGAUUUUUAAAACCAGCCAGAGCUGAGUAAAUAUCUUUAAGAGGGUUUAGUUUGUAGAGAAAAAAGUAUAUUUUAUUCAAAAACUGUUUCCAAAAAAAACAUUGAGGGAUAUUUAUUUAAUUAUUUUACUAUUUGUAUUCUAGUGUAAACCUGGCAACGAAAUUAGUGCUCGCACUAUUUUAUAUAUUUUAUCUUAUUUUGCGCUGUGUACGUACUAGCGUCACAUAAAAACGAUGUAAUAAGUUUUAUUUUAUACAUAAAUGUUUAUGAAAUUUGCAAUUAAAGUUGAACUUCAAACAAA